AUGAGCUUCAGACUAAAAUUUCCUCCUCUGGGCAACAUCUGUGAGGAAAUCAAUGUUUCCCCCUUUCCAUUUCUUUUCUCAUUCUGGGGGCAAAUUGUUGACUUGCAGGAACUGAAGAGAAAGGAAGUGAAUCCAGGGAGGGUGCAGACUCUGGAAAGGUUGGCCCAGAAUAUUACAAGUUGAGGAUUUGCAGACAGGAAAACCACAACAAACAUUACAUCAAGAUCUGCCAGAGUCACAAUUCAUCAGGACCUGAAUAUCAUCGACCUUUGAAUCUAGAAGGAGAAAUGCUUGUUCUGUCUGCUGAAAAAAAUUUCAAACCUCAAUGUGACUGGAAAAGCCCUGAGAGGCACACACUCGGAUGUGAAUGUUCCAGUGCACUCACUGUGGAAAUGGUUUCAACCAGUUACACAGCCUGAACAAACAUUGCAUCAUUCACUGCAGGGAGAGUCUGUACAUGUGUUCCGUGUGUGGACGAGGCUUCAAUUGAUCAUCGAACCUGGAGAGUCACAAGGACACCCGCACCAUGGAGAAACGGUGGAAAUGUGGAGACUGUGGGAAGAGAUUCCGUGCCCCCUGUGAGCUGGAAACUCAUCGACGCAGGCACAGUGGAGAGAGGCCAUUCACCUGUUCCGUGUGUGGCAAGGGGUUCAUCGAUUCAUCCACCUUGCAGAGGCACCAGCGAGUUCACACUGGGGAGAGGCCGUUCACCUGCCCUGAGUGUAGGAAGGGAUUCAGUAAUUCAUCCAACCUGCUGAUACACCAGCGAGUUCACACCGGGGAGAGGCCCUUCACUUGCUCUGAGUGUGGGAAGGGAUUCAGUGAUUCAUCCACCCUACAGCGACACCAGAAAGUUCACAGCGGGGAGAGGCCAUUCACCUGCUCUGUGUGUGGGAAGGGAUUCACUCACUCAUCCCUCCUGCUAACACACCGACGCAUUCACACUGGGGAGAGGCCAUUCACCUGCUCUGAGUGUGGGAAGGGAUUCACUCUGUUAUCCAGCCUGCUGAAACACAGACGCAUUCAUACUGGGGAGAGGCCUUUCACCUGUUAUGAAUGUGGGAAGGGAUUCAGCCAGUCAUCCAGUCUGCUGGGACACCAACGCACUCACACCAAUGAGAAACCUGUUCAAUGCCCUGAUUGUGGGAGUUCCUUCAGAAACUCUGCCUACCUGAUGGUCCACCAGCGCAUUCACACUGAGGAGAGACCGUUCAGCUGCUCUCACUGCGCAAAGAGGUUUAGAACAUCGUCCAACCUACUGAGGCAUCAGCGAGUUCACACCGGGGAGAGGCCAUUCACCUGCUCUGAUUGUGGGAAAGGAUUCACUCAGUCAUCCCACCUGCAGACACAUCAGCGAAUUCACAAAGCAGAGAGGCCAUUCACCUGCUCCGUGUGUGGGAAGGGAUUCCCUUCUUCGUCCAAGCUGCUGAGACACCAUGGCAGUCACACCGACUAGAGACCUUUUAGAUGCUCUGACUGUGGGUGUUAUUGUAUCAAUUAGAGGUAUAGACAGGUGGAGGGCAUUGAAUGGAUGGUUACUUGAGUACAUAUAAAGAGACACUUACACAGCCUGUAGUUAGGAAGUAUAUACCUGUAAUGUUUCACUCUGUGAAUAAAUCUAAACCAAAUAACGAUUGACUCCACCUGGAUGGCAGGAUUUUAACAUUCAUUGCUGUCAGGGCCUCUUUCCCAACUCCAGUCGAUGUUUCGGCAGCUUCAGGAUCCAUUUCCCCUCGGGAAGCGGGCAAAUCCGCAAGUUCUUGUUUGGAUCAUCGGUUAUAUUCACCCGCAUCCUGCGAGGAGGCCAGAUGAAGGUUAUGGCUGAAUGCCCGAUUGUUGUUGGGGCCCAGGGGAUGGAAGCAGAAACUUGAGUUGAUCACUGGGCAGUGGGUGUUAACAUACUGGUAUUGAGACUUGCUGGUGGGCACGCAGUAUUCCCCUUCUCCACUCUCGAGUUGAUCGCUGCCAGCACGUAUAACCGAAUGCUAUUGAGACGCGCUGGUGGGCACACAAUAUUCCCCUUCUCCUUGGUAUGCCACCUGUGUUGGGUCAUGGCAGACAUUGGAAAUUUCCAGGGGACAGCUUAGGGUGGUGUUAAAUCCACACUCAGCUCUCGUCCCCAUCCCUACAGGAUGUGGGGAGGCAACAUUAUUCCCUUUCUCCCUGUUAUGGCACAGCUGAUGGUAAAUGCU